ACCACCUUUUCGCACAUGCGUAGAAAAACAUCCUAGUUUCCGGAACCGAUCAGGCAGCCAAAGGCAACAACAUGGCUGCUGAUAGCGAUCCCGAGUCGGAGGUUUUCGAGAUCACCGACUUCACCACUGCGUCCGAGUGGGAGCGUUUUGUGUCCAGAGUGGAGGAAGUGCUUAAUGAUUGGAAGCUGACAGGGAACACUGCACGGAAGGAUCUGAACACAGGGGAAUACACCAGUGGAACCUGGGCGGAGAAGUCGCAGGAAAUUAAUUUUGCUGACUUCAAGUUCUACAUAAGCCACUACUUUCUGAAACAAGAGUGUGAAGAGGAUGAUGGGAAGGACAACCUCGAGGAAGAUGCUAUACCGUUGGCAAUGCAGGAUCUUCUCUGUAUGAACAAUGAUUUCCCUCCACGAGCCCACUGCCUGGUCAGAUGGUUUGGCAUACGAGAGUUUGUGGUCAUCAGCCCUGGAACGAACUGUGAGGCCGUCAUCAGUGAGUCGAAAUGCAACCUGCUUCUAAGCUCCAUCUCCAUCUCUCUGGCCAACAGUGGCUGUCAGGUGCCGAUGUUUGUGCAGAUCCAGCAGAAGUGGAGGCGGAUGUAUGCCGGAGAGUGCAAAGGACCAGGCGUGCGCACCGACUUUGAGAUCGUUCACCUGCGUCGAGCGCCCGUGCAGUACAACCACCUGUCCGGCCUGCUCGACAUCUUCAAAUCUAAGAUAGGUUGUUCCCUGUUCCCUCUGCCUCCAGUCAACAUCGCCAUUCGCUUCACCUACGUGCUCCAAGACUGGCAGCAGUAUUCAUGGCCACAGCAGCCUCCAGAUUUUGAUGCGCUCCUUGGUGGCGAGGUGGGGGGGGUGGAGUUUGGGAAGUUUCCAUUCGGUGCCUGUGAGGAGCCAAUAAGUGAACUUCAUCUCGCAACAACCUGGCCUCAUCUUACUGAAGGCAUAGUUGUGGAUAAUGACGUGUACAGUGACCUCGACCCUCUUCAAGCUCCUCACUGGUCAGUUCGAGUCAGGACGGCUGAAAAUCCUCAGUGUUUACUGGGUGAGGCUGUGACAGAGCUCUUUAAACUCUGCUGUAGGACUGAGUCUACAGAGGAGAUUCCUGGAAGAGGAUACGCUGAAGAUGAGGGCAAAGAAAACAGUGAUAUCAGCUCUGCUUUGUCCAAGCUGACCGAGCCAGCAGCAACUGUGCCCAUUUCCAAACUGUCUGUCUCCAACAUGGUGCACAGUGCCCGGAAGCACAUUUGCCGCCAUCGACGCAUCGAUGAGUCGCCCCUUAACACCGAGAUACUCAAUUCUGUCCUUCUGUAUCUGUUUCCAGAUGCUGCUGUGGAGAAGUCUGACUGUAAGAAUAACACUCAGCUGUCCAACUCCAGUGGGACAUCGGAGCAAGGGAAAACCUCUGAUUAUAACCUUUUCCACCAGCUGAAGUCAGCCCCCAGUGACAGUCUGACCUACCGUCUGGCUCUGUGUGUGUGUCUGGUCAACUAUUACUACGGUGGGCUGCGGGCUGUUGGACACCUCUGGCAGGAGUUUGUCCUUGAGUUGCGUUACCGGUGGGAAAAUAACCAUGUUAUUUGUGGGCUGGCAGGUGGAGCUCCUGAUCUUCGCUGUUGUCUUUUGCAUCAGAAGUUCCAGAUGCUGAAUUGUUGUAUCGAAAGGAAGAAGGCCAGAGAUGAAUCUCACAAGGUACCCGAGGGGAAAGAAAAGGAACACAGGGUCUCAGGUGCCUGCCAGAAGAGCCGCCAAGGACCAGAGUGUGCAACCAGUGCUUCCAGUUCAACAAGAGAGAUGUCUCAAGGAAAAUCCUGGGACUCGUGGAGUGACAGCGAGGAGGAAUUCUUGAGGCAGGCUGCACCCCUACAACAACAUGACUCUGCUCAACUCUGCAGAGCCUCUCUGUGUUCACAGGAACCUGCUCCAAUGACAGAGGACCUGUUAGCAGAGCAGUCAGAGGUACUGACCAAACUGGGCACAUCAGCUGAAGGUACCAACCUGCGUGCUCGGAUGCAGAGUGCCUGUCUGCUAUCUGACAUGGAGUCCUUCAAAGUGAGUCGGACACACUCUGGGUCAGCUGUCUCCUAAGUUUCUUAGUGCU